UUUUCUCAUCAAUGUAGUUAAAAUUUGUGAAAGAUUAAAGGACUGAAAAAGCAUUUCCCAAAUAUGAACUUUAGCGUACCCUUUAGGUUCAUGAUUGUACUCUAUACUAUUUUCCGCUGUAUCCCAAGAUGUCUUAGGAACUCAAUCCGUCAAUCGUCAAUCUUUCAAUGGAAGAAACAAGGCUACAACACCUAGCUAACUAGCAGGCAUCAAGUUAUUAAUUAAAAGACCUUUUCUAAGUUUUAAAUGAGGUAAAUGAACUCAAGUUAUUUUUAAUUGGUGGAUGACCCUUUAUUUAGAUUAAAGAACAAAAAAAAAAGGAAGAAAAAAUGUCGAUUUUUGUUUUGUUCUUUUGUCUUUCCAUGUUUGGAUUAGUUUCAAUUAAAUCAACCAGUAGUCGUUCUUAUCAACUACCUUCUUGGUCGAUUAUCACCCUAUUGUCGAUAAUCAACCUCCUUCUUGGUCCUUCAUCAACCCAUGAUCACUAAUCCAACUUUCUUGCCAGUCGAUUAUCAAUUAAUUCUUGGUGGAUUAUCACCCCUAUUGUCGAUAAUUAACCUCCUUCUUGGUUGUUUAUCAACUCGUGGUCGCUAAUCAACCUCCUUCUUGGUCGAUGUAGGUCAUUUUCAACCUCCUUCUUGGUUAUUUAUCCAUGAUCACUAAUCAACCUCCUUCUUGGUCAAUGGAGGUCAUUUUCUUAAUUUCAAUCUUACGAGAAGAAAAUAAAGGUAAACGAAAAUGAAAGUCAUUUCCUUAAUUGAAGACUUACGGGGUCCUUUCAGUUAAAUCUUCUCAAGAUUCUGAUAUUCUGGACAUGUCCAUGUAGUGUUUCAGUUUAUUCAUCCCCUUGUAUCUUCAAUCCUUCUUGUCAUAUACUAAAUUUAACUCCUCAUAAUCAUCCUGAAUCUAUACAUUAAUUCUACUUCUGCAAACGUGGCUGAAAAUAUAUUUUUUACUGGAGCUUCUUUCUGGGUGUUUUGACUAACGUGAAACGCCUCUAGAUCUUUUCUUUUCCUCAUAUGGAAGGCCUUCCAAACACUCCUAAAAAAUUAAAAUAGCAUAUCAGCGUAUUUAAAGCAAUACGCUGCACAGAAAACAGUUAUGGUAUUGAACCUCAUCCUUACAUGCCCUUUGAGAUCGUAAAAUCAGAUUCUUACUUGAUUCUAAAGAGGGAUUUUAGCAGAUUCCUUUUAACUCAGAAAGUCAAAGCUAAAGAAUAUCCCUUUGGAUCGAAACUGAACGAGGCGAUAAACAGUUCCAGAAAUGAUAAACUUUGACAUAGUUAGCAAACUACAGGAUUAUUAGGACCAAUAAACACCGGAAAAGUGGUUAACUUAUUUUAAUGAAAACAAGGUCUUGCUUAUGUUCAGAGCUUCUGACUAAAUUUCAUUUGGGAUAAGAUUUGAACCUUUCCAUUCUGAAAUUAACAGAUUAAUGAAGUACAACUUAACUGAUAAAAUUUCAAGUGAAUGCUCCACUGAAAUAUGAGAUUGGUAUUCGCUCUAUAACAACUUUAAGACGAUAGUGAAUAAGUGAUCUGAUAUUUGACAAUCAAAUGGAAGAAGAACUCAGUUAGGAACCAUGAAAAUUGUAGAAAUAAUGAGAAGAUGCCAAUGCACGAGGCGUAGAAUCUGUACCUAAUAAAGGAGGGACGGUUGAACUGAUAAUAUAUGAGCUGUGUAAGUCUACCACAUUAAAAAAUUUGAGAGAACGCAAAAUUUAUACCAACUAAAGGAUCUCUACCAUCGCAAGCUUAAUUUUGAGAGAACACGCCAAUGCAGGAGGUGUAGGAUCUGUACCAACUAUUACCAACUAAAGGAGGAAUAGCUGAAGUAAUAAUUAUGUGACCUGUAAGUCCUCAACAUUGACAUACCCAAGAUCCAGCAUAACUGGCAGAACUCUUGCACACUGUAUUCAGAAUGAUCGAAUCAAUGGAACUCAGAAGAAAAGAGAAACAAGUUCUUACACCCAAAAUGAUCGGAAGGAUAUGCAGGCAGAAAUGAACCAUAACUUGCAUUAGAGUUUCAAUUUUCUCCUCAGCUAAGGAUAAACAACUUUGAGGGAAUAGAGCUACAUCAUAUUUGUACUGAGAAGGAUUAUCUAUAUGUUAACAAGAUUGGGAGUUCCUGGAGUCAUUUGUAAAUGGCAAAAGUCUGCAGGAAUAUAUUGCUUAUCAAAAUGAACAUAUGAAUAAAUAAAUGCAGGACUAUAUCGAAUAUAAGUUACAGCUUCUGGAAUAACACCACAACAGCUAUUAUGUGCCCUCAUGAUCGCUAUAUGUGCUCCAGUACUUUCCCCCCAUGUUUGCUCGAUCAGUUUCACACCUGACUGAUCAGGAAACUUAUCUGGAGGACUCGAGUGGACAGAGAUGGAGGGUAACAGUAUGUGACCAUAAAGGUUCACUUGCUAUCCGACAGGGAUGGCCUAAAUUUUCAUCUGAACAUGGUCUGAAUCUGGGCGAUUUCUUGGUUUUCUACUAUGUUGAGGGUCAGUACUUCAUUGUUCAAAUAUAUGAUAAAAGUGGUUGUCAAAAGAUCAAGUUCUACAGUGACUUCUGCAAAGGGAAAAGAAAAACAAGGACUUAUCCAGAAAAAACUUCCCAGGUUAAGCUGCUUCAGACAACUGAUAUAAAUCCAGUCAACAAAAGGAGUAAAAUAUCUGCUGUAUCAGAGUCCGAAAAGGUCACAUGCAAGGCACAUAUUACAAAGUUUGCAACGAACAUUGAUGCUGACACUGGGAAGGGACAAUUAGUAUAUCCAGCUGUAUACGUGGACGAAUCGUUUUGUAUGGUUGAUAGAGAUGCUCAAUAUCAUCAAGGAGACGACAGGUUGUGCUUACAUCUGUCAAGUUUUGAAAUGCCAGCAAGCAAACCUCUUGCAGAAGGAACUAGCAGUCUUUUAAAAGCUGACGAUGGAAAUUCUAAUCAUGUUGAAACCAAUUUAAGAUCACAAACAGAACCAAAUUUAGUAGUUGUUGCUGACUACUUAAAUUCAGAAGAAUUGUUGCCAAAGUUUGAGGCUGAAAUCACGGGAUCUGAUAUGGUACCAGCGGAAGAUAUUCCACUUUUGAGUCAAAAAGAUCAAAAUGAUUGUCCAAGUGGUAUUAUCUCUUCUUCAUUCUUGAAACCUGCUGCAAAUGUCAACAAAAAUGAUGACGUAUCAAAUGUCACCAAAUACCAAAAUCAUUGGAUGAGUACUGACACUAACUGUCAUAUGAUGUUGCAAUCUGACAACAAAGAUGGUCGCUGCACAGGCAUUAAUCAAAUUACUAGAGAGAAAUCCAAUGAUGCAUCUCAGUUCGCAAGGGAAACAAGACUAGUCAAGAAAGAAUUUGAGGAGACAGCAGCAAAAGCAUAUUAUCCUGCUAGAGCAAUAAGUGCUAGGGAAACAAGACUAGUCAAGAAAGAAUUUGAGGAGACAGCAGCAAAAGCAUAUUAUCCUGCUAGAGCAAUAAGUGAUUCAGGAAAGGAGCCAGCAAAUGGUAAUGAAAAAGUCAUCAAAAGUGAGCCUGCUGAUUCAGGAGACAUGCCAUCUCUUACGGCAGUCAGCUAUUCAUGUUUGCUGGAGGUCGAUGGUAGAGAUUUUCUGGAAUUACCAGAAUCCUGGCGAAAAUAUUUAAUGAAAAAGGCAAAGCUGGAAAGGUGGAUUAUUUUUCUAUGAGGACCGGAUAAAAAAAUCUGGCCAAUCCUCUAUCAUCGCAGAUCAGGUGUUGAUGUUUUGACAAAUGGAUGGAAAUUUUUUGCUGCAGCUUAUGGCCUGAAUCGUGGAGAUGAUUGUCUUUUUGAACUUGAAAAUCAGCUUGAAUGUAUAUUUGCUGUACGUAAAUUGUAAAAGUAAGAUGCCAAAAGAACUACUUGGAGCCAAUUAUCUAGAGCAGUUACAAGAGGAAUGAAACAGGAGCUAUGCCCAGAUUCUUAUUUAUGGUUUUUGAACAGCAUUCAGUUGUUGCCUGGCUGGGUCAUAACUUGAUUACUACUCAUCAUUUUGAAGUUGCAGUGUAUUUGCAACUAUGAUGUUAGUACUCAUCACAAAUUAUCAUUUGGACGUUUGGAUUAUUUUGAAACUCUACUCUUUCGAGUCUA